ACAGAAUCUACUGAAGAAGCUAGACGGGAUCAUAAAGGUGAUGUCAAGGGGAUGGUUUGGAACUGGGGAGCUGUAGGGGGUAUAUCGAGUCGCUCGGUCUCGUCUUUUGCUUUCUGUCUGCUCUUCAAAAUGCGUCCAACCAUCCAGUCUAGGGAUUCCGCCGUGUCCGCUGUUGCACUCGAUCGCGACCUGAACGAGCUGGAGGGUGAUGUUCUGGAAGAUUCGGCCUCCUCUCGUGAUUCAGUGCUCGACAUUUCUCCAGCUCUUCUCUUUCCCAGGACAUCUCCGCCCUGUGCUCCUGCUGGAUGUCUUUGGCCAAGCGAGGAGGUUUCCCCGGGCGAAAAGCCCGGCCCACAGAUGUUCGGCAUCCGACGGAUAUCAUCGGCCGUGUUUCCUUCCCACCGGUCACCUCGCUGGCACUCAUACACGCGACGGCGAUCACUCCGUCCCCUCGGAGUAUUACCCAAGGCGAGUCCUCCGUGUGGCAUCGAGCAAUGGCUAGAUCAGCAGGAGUUGUGCAUGCCGUCGGCACUGGAGCGCUAUGAACCCAUUCUCGAGGAUGAGCAGCCUGAACCUGUCGUUGAACACCAGCGACCGCCAAGUCCCGAUCCGAGCGAGAUGGACUAUUGUGUUGUGGAUGAUGCAGCUUACGUGGGUGAAGGAGGCAACGGACAGAGAACAUACGAGGGAGAGCUACGACACACAACGCGUCUUCCUCUAGGCGAAUUCGGCAAGAUGAUAUUCUCGCUGGCAAGUCACCUUGUUCAAAUGUGAUUUCUGACCACGGCUUGUCGAUUGUAACGUCGCCGUUGACCCGCCCAAUUCGGGGAGUGAGCGGUACAGCAGGGUAGCGGUCGAUGAGUAGAGUCGUUUGGAAUCAAUUGAAACAAACUUUUAGAAGAGGUUCCUCG